AAAAACUUCCAAUGCAGCUCCGCUCCAGAAGCACAGGCGAAUGAAUGAUUGCUUUGGACAGGCGGAACCGUCUCAGUAUCGCGAUUCAGUCCCGUCACCGGCGCGCCUCAAACGAUGAGCAACAAACGAAAGCGCGCGGCCAAGCAGGCCGCCAACGAUCACCAGCCGCCGCAAAAGCGAGCCAAAAAAGAUGCAUCAUCGGCCACGUUGGCAGGCGCAAAAGCCCUCGACAAGUCGCCGUUCGUCGAGCGCCCCACCACCGUCGACGAGCGCAAGAGGGAAAUGCUGCUGUACGAGACGCUGGGCAGCGAGGACCCCAAAGAGCGCACCGAGGCCGCCGAGGCCGUGGUAUCGGCGCUCCUCGGCGGAGACGGGGUUCCCGAGCCCGUGCUGCUGCGCCAUCUCGAGAAGCGGCUGUUCCGCGGUCUCGCGAGCAGCAGGAACGCUUCCAGACUCGGUUGUGGCGAGGCUCUGAUCGACAUUCUGGGCCAGUUGUUUGGGAAGAAGGGGCUGGCGAGCUCCAAAUACACCGGCCUGCCCUUCGAGAAGGUGCUGGGCAUCUUGGUCGAGAAGACAAAGCCCGGCGGCGGCGCUACGGGCCAGGAGGAGAGGGACCAUUACAUUGGUCGCUUGUUUGGCCUCGAGUGCUUUAUCCGCGCCGGAAUUGUCAGCGCUGACAAGGCGAGGUGGUUUGCGGUGCUGGACCUACUUCUGGAACUGUCUGCCAAGAAGUCCUGGCUGAGGUCGCCGAGCGGUUCUCUGAUUGCGGUGGCCAUCUCAUUGAUGGACAAGAAGCUGGCCGAAAAGACCCUGGAAAGGCUGGCGGAGAAGGGAGUUGCUAAGACCCCCGAGGGUGUAGGUGUAUGGGUCACUGCGCUGGAUCGGUUUCCCGAUAUGAAGGUCCCGUCGCAGCCGUGGCGUCAUCCUCUGGCCGCCGCCUCCCUUCCCUCCCUGGCUGCUACCUUGAAGGAUAGCGGCAGAGAAGCAUCAAAUGAGGAGAGUGGCGGCGCGAAACCCAAGCAGGGCGGCUGGACUGCCCAGCUUCACUUCGUCUGGGACCCGAUUCUCGCCCACUUUGUCAGCGCAAGCACGCAAUCCGAGAGCGAUGCCGCUGAGCAGUUCAAGCAGUUCUGGAGCCGCGUUGUCGAUGAGGGCUUCUUUUCGAAGAGCGCUUCGGAUAGUCAAAAAUUCUCGGGCUUCAUGAUAUUCCAGAAAAUGAUUCAUGGCGCCGCCGCCAAGGCUUCUUGCUUGGUGCCGAGCCUCUUCAGCAAGAACUUCAUGGUUUGUCUGAUGAACCAGGCCGCCAAGGAGGACCGAUAUCUUCACCGCGCAGCCCUCAAGGCCCUGAAGGGAAUCGAAGUUGCUGUUGAGGAAACGCCGUCACUCCUCCCCAUCGUCCUGAAAGGCCUCCUCGGCAAACAUGGGGCCUACAACUUUGACCAACGCACAAACACUAAGACCGUGGACAAGCUCCUGCAAUACACAACCCCGACGACCGUCAAAGCCGUCCUUAAGAUUCUGCGGCUCAAGGAUCCAGAGAAAACUGGUCUUGACGGGACAAAAUACUACCAGGCGUUGGGCGGAUAUCUGUUUAGGCUGUCUAGCGUGCCCUCGAAGCCCCUCGGGGCUGAUUCUUCGAGCGAGUCCGUCACUGGGCCCGCGAUCAGAGCCCUGACGGAGCUGGCCUACUCGAAUAAGUCGGUUCCAACGAAUGUUAGGGACGCACUCCGGACGAGGUCAACGUCGGCGUUUGCCAAGCUGGUUAGGAGGCCGGAGGAUUUCGGGCACCUUUGCAAUGCCAUCUUGUCCAUUGACGCCGACGUCGACCAGGACGAUGAAAUUGCCUCGGCUCUCGCCGACGCUAAGAAGAUGCUGAAGGACUUGCUCGAUCCUGCGAAGGAGACCGAUCGCACGAGGGCGCCCCGACAAGCACUCGCGUUGUUGUAUGCCGUAGGGAUCCUGCAGUUUUACAACCAGGAGCCUGAUGUGAUAGAUCUCUUUGAAGAGCUACGCGAGUGCUACGACAAACUGGCGAACCGCAGCCGCGGUUCAGACGAGGGCAUGCCCGAGUACCUGGUAGAGAUCCUGCUCGCCAUGGUGGCACGCCCGUCGUCGCUGAUGCGGCAGGUUUCGCACCAAGUGUUUGAAGCCUUCACUGGCUUCCUGUCGGAAGAGGCGUUGAAACUCUUGACCGAUCCCUUGGCUGCUGAAGAAAGUGAAAAAGGACAGCAAGCGUUGUUCGCCACCGAGGACGAGGACGUGAUGGAGGCGGAGGCCGCUGACGCUGACGAGAGCGACGAGGGAGAGCUUGACUCGGACGUCGAGAUGGUCAAUCUUAAAGAUGCCGGCUCGGAAGGGCCGGAUAGCAGCGACGAGGCUUCCGCUGACGAACAAGACGAAGACGCGGACGGCGAAGACAAAGACCAGGAGGCCCUCGACGCGCUCGACAAUGCGCUCGCCGAAGUCCUCGGAAGCCACCGGCUCGACAAGGAUAACGAGGCCGACUCGGCCGAGGAAUCCGACAUGACAGACUCGGAGAUGCUGGCGGUCGACGAGAAGUUGGCCGAGAUAUUCAGGCAGCGCGCCAAGACGACCAGCAAGAAGAAGGAGAAGAAGGAUGCCAAGGACACGGUCAUCAACUUUAAGCACCGCGUGCUGGACCUGCUCGCCAUCUUCGUCAGGCAGGAGGCGGCGCGCCCGCGCGUCAACACGCUCGUCUUCCACGUGCUCCUCCCGCUGCUGCACCUCGUGCGCACGACCAAGACGAAACCGCUCGCCAACAAGGCCUGCGACAUCAUCCACGCCCUACCCAAGGCCCUCAAGAAGGCGCGCAGCAGCAGCGGCGGCGGCGGUGGUGGUGGCAGCCGGCAGGCGGCAGCGGGGGAGGCGGCGGUGGGCGAGAAAGACGCGAAGGCCCUGCUUGCGCUGCUGGCGCAGCUGCACGACGAGGCGGCGGGCCAGGACAGCAACCCGUCGCACGCGUACGCCAACGCGGUCUCGACGGCCAGCCUGGCAGUCGCGUCGGUCCUGUGGGGCGACGCGGCCUGCCGGGAGCGGGUGGCCGGCGUGUAUGCGCGCACGCAGCUCCGGUGGAUCCAGGGCCGGGCCAGGAUCCAGCCCGGGUUCUUCCUGGACUGGGUGAAUUGGUGCCAGAGUAAGGUCAACAAUGCUGUGGAGGCGGCGACGGCGGCACCGACUCAGGCGUAAAGAAUGUUGGCAAGGGAGGAAGUUGGCUUGGGACUUGGAGAUGCUUGGCGAAUAUCCAUGGGAUGGGUGUCCAGGUGGUUGUUGGUUGUCCAGUUGGUUCGGUCCGCUGUGUUGAAGGACCUGGACAUUCGAAUCUGAGACUCCCUUUUCACAAGUGUCCU